GUGAUCACCCGAGCAAGGUGGGUGUCAUUUUCUACGAAGAGACUGGCGUGGGAGAACCGGCCAAUUUGAGAACUGUAGUUGUCAAGAGGACCUACCGACAGACUCGGGGAUCGGACCUCAUCGUCUAUAUGCAGGUCGUCGAGCAUAUUCUACGGUUUAUUCCUCCCCUAUUCGCCCUCUUGAAAGCCGGUCUACUGAUUGGCGGCUUUAACGAGGCGAGGCGACUAACUGUUGACACCUUCAGCGGGUUUUGGAGGAAUAACCGGCUCUGUUUCCGGAGAUCCUGGUUGAACAAAGUGGCCGCCACCGAGACUCUCCGAGACACUGCACCACCCAACGCCGAUCAGCAGCUACGACGACGACGUCGACCAGACAGUCAGGAGGCGGUGGAGAAACUUAGCACUGGUAAAUUCGAGUUAAAGUCAGUGGGGGCGAGAGAAAUGAACUCCGUGGUGCCACGCGGGCUAGCACAUGUGCCGACUCCAGUGUGUGUGAAUCAAACACGGCCAGGCAGCCGGAGAGUACAAAACCAAUAUGUAGAAGAGUUUUCUGUUUGA